CAGAAACCCGCGCGGCCCGGCUAGGCGUCGGUGGAUGACGUGGACGGGCAUAGGCCACGGGGAAAUGUCAGCAGCUGGGGAACCGGCUGGCCCAGUCGCGGUGACACGGAGGCAGACGGGUCCCCAGGGAAGCGCCGCCGGCUGCUGUGGCGCAGUUUGAAGCCCCGCUUGGGAGCCGGGCCCGCAGCCGCAGCGGGGGAUGGAGGCGGGCAGAGCCUGGCGGAGGGCCCGGUGCUGAGCGGGUGUCCGAGCCCCAGUUAUGAUCCACUUUCAUAAGUGAGCUACGUUGGCUGGCUGGAGAGAAUAUAUAAUAAUGAGUGGUGCAGCUUUGGGCAUUGAGAUAAUAUUUGUCUUUUUUCUGGCUUUAUUCAUACUUCAUCGGUAUGGGGACUUCAAGAAACAGCAUAGACUUGUGAUCAUAGCAACAUUGCUGGCUUGGUAUCUCUGCUUUCUUAUAGUAUUUAUAUUACCUCUGGAUGUUAGUACGACUAUAUACAAUCGAUGCAAACUUGCUGUUAAUUCCAGCCCUUCAGAAAGCAGCAGCAGCAGCAGCAAUGAAUCUUACACUACUUCUUCACCAAGAAAACAUAAGUGUUUCAAACCAUGGAGUUAUAUCCCUGAUGGAAUUAUGCCAAUCUUCUGGCGUGUAGUAUAUUGGACAUCACAGUUCUUAACCUGGAUACUCUUACCUUUCAUGCAGUCCUAUGCUAGAUCAGGAGGGUUCUCCAUUACUGGAAAGAUUAAAACUGCAUUGAUUGAGAAUGCAAUCUAUUAUGGCACUUACUUGCUGAUUUUUGGAGCGUUUUUAAUAUAUGUGGCUGUAAAUCCAAAUUUCCAUCUACAAUGGAACCAGCUUCAGACAAUUGGGAUAGCAGCUGCCAACACAUGGGGUCUGUUCCUUCUUGUGUUGUUGUUGGGAUAUGGUUUGGUGGAAAUUCCACGUUCUCACUGGAAUGGAGCAAAAAAGGGGUAUCUUCUCAUGAAGACUUAUUUCAAGGUUGCCAAACUGAUGACUGAAAAAGCAGAUGCAGAGGAGAAUUUAGAGGAUUUUAUGGAGGAAGUCCGUAAAGUGAAUGAGAGUAUCAAGUAUAAUCACCCGUUGAGAACAUGUGUUGAUACAAUAUUGAAAAAGUGUCCUACUGAAUACCAAGAAAGAAUGGGUAGGAACAUGGAUGACUAUGAAGAUUUUGAUGACAGGCAAAACAACUAUCCCAGUGAGAAAAGUCUGGAGAAACUUCACAAACAGGUAAUUUAUUCAGUUCAGAGACACCGUCGUACGCAAGUGCAAUGGCAAAUCCUUUUAGAACAGGCAUUCUACUUGGAGGAUGUGGCGAAAAAUGAAACCAGUGCAACUCGUCAGUUUGUUCAUACUUUUCAGUUCCAAGAACCUGAAAACAGAAUUACCCGAUAUUUCUACACACCUACUGUUGAAUGGUACUGGGAGUGUCUUCUUCGGCCUUGGUUUUACAGAAUUCUUGCUAUUGUUUUGGCCACGUUCUCUGUAAUUGUUGUAUGGUCAGAAUGCACAUUUUUCAGCACUAAACCUGUUCUAUCCUUGUUUGCUGUCUUCAUACAACUGGCGGAAAGAACUUACAACUAUAUUUACAUAGAGAUGGCUUGCUUCCUUACCAUCUUCUUCUUAAGUAUCUGUGUUUACUCAACUGUCUUCAGGAUUCGAGUAUUUAAUUAUUAUUAUUUAGCGUCACACCAUCAGACAGAUGCAUACAGUCUCCUUUUCAGUGGCAUGUUAUUCUGCCGUUUAACUCCACCAUUGUGUCUGAAUUUCUUGGGUUUGACUCACAUGGAUUCAUCAAUCUCUCACACAAACAGUCAGGCAACUGCAUAUACAUCAAUAAUGGGUUCCAUGAGAGUGUUGUCCUUCAUUGCAGAUGGGUUUUAUAUAUAUUAUCCCAUGCUGGUCGUCAUUCUCUGUAUAGCCACUUACUUCAGUUUAGGAACUCGUUGUUUGAAUCUGCUGGGGUUCCAGCAGUUCAUGGGAGACAAUGAGAUGACUUCUGACUUCAUUGAUGAAGGAAAGGAAUUAAUCAGAAGAGAGAAAAGAAAACGGCAAAGGCAGGAAGAAGGUGAAAAUAGAAGGAGGGAAUGGAAAGAGCGUUAUGGAAACAGCCGAGAAGAUUCCACUAGAAAUAGAAAUGUUCACACAGACCAAAAAGAAUCUAGUUUUUCAGAGACCAGUACAAGCAGACCAGUUUCUAAGUAUACCAGAUCAAAUGGCAGGACUGAAAGGGAUAGAAUAGAACUCCUUCAAGAUGCAGAACCUUUGGAUUUCAAUGCGGAUUCAGUUACUGAUGAUCCUCUUGAGUCGGAUUCAGGAAGAUAUCAGCCUGCUGGAAGGUAUUUAUCAAUGUCACGAAGCAGAAUAUUUGAUGAUGUCUGAUCUCGUCAAAACUUAUGAAAACUUAAUAAAAAUCAAAGUCUACUGCUCAUUAUUUGGAAAAUACUCUAUUUGUAAUAUUUCUGAACCAAAAAAGACCUUUUUAUUUUUUUAAAAAUUGUGGAAAAUAAAGGUACAAUGAUAGUCAGUUAGAAAUGCACAUUGUAUAAUAACAUAAUUAUGAUGGGCUAGAGUUUAUUUGUAUUAACAGGUAUUGUUACGCAGUGUGGGAGGUGGCUUUUUUCUUUUGUUACUGAGGGGACAAUAAAAUGAGUAAGAAAAUCCUAGUUUAGUUAGUUAAAGGUUAACAUAGACUAAAUGUUAUAUGUGCAAACAGGACUCAAAUUCAACUAACUUGAACUUUUGGAGUGGAUUUUUUUGUUUUUAUUUUGGUGGUGGUUGUUGUGAGUUUGUUUGUUUGUUUGUUUGUUUGUUUGUUUGUUUGUUUGUUUGUUUGUUUGUUUGUUUGGGGUGGGGUUAGAAGGAAUAAUCUUUUAAAUGAUGCUUUAAGAAGUAUAAUACAAUUUAGUCAUCCUAACUGUAGUUAAAAUGAAUUAUUGUAUUACGUACUAAUAUUAAACAUCUUGCUAUUUGAAUUUUGAGCCUGAACCAAAGCCUCCUGACGUAAAGUCUUCUAUUGGCUUCGGUGACCUUUGGAUCAGGCCCUUUUUGAGUAGAAGGGGUCAAAUGGCAAUUCUGCAUAAACAUGACAGCGUAAAAUAUGGAAGACUUACACAUCAGUCAUAGAAUUUGGAAUUUUUGUUUCAAUAUUACAGUAUAUGCAGAUAAAAGGUUGCAUGUGUAAUUAAGAUCAAAUAUAAACAUCAAUAUUUUUGCUCUCACUGUCAUUCAGGCAUGUGUGGAAUAACAGGAAUGCAUCCUCUAAGGUGUGGUAACUGUUUAAGAACACAUUUUACAGUAGUAGCAGUUAAAAAUCUUGGUGUAAGAUAAAUUAUAAUGUGAAAUAUAUCAGCUUUAAAUGUUACAAUUUUUCACAAACUUCUAGCACUUUAUAACUCCGCUAGCUUUCUAUUUGAAGAAGGGAACUAUGUAGCAUGAUUCAUUAAUGGUAAAUGCUUUUAACAUCCCAACUGCAUUGCCUUGCAUAAGGUAUCUGUGUUUUUAAGGUGCCUGUAUUUUGCAAUAAGUAGGCUAUUCAUUGUAUAAAGAAGAAAUGCUUAUUCAGGCAAAUAAACACCAUCAAAAUGCUAGUGAAUAACUGUGAAAAAAUGAUGCCAUGCGAAUGAUUUUUGGGGGAAAUAUGCCAACUUAAAAUUUUUGCUUUGUUGGCAAUUUUCAGCCAAAGUUAACUUUUAAGUUGACAUGUUUAAUCACUUAGGAGUUUUUCUCAUUGCAAAGUGAUGGAGAAAGGUGAUGUAUUAGAUUUCAUACUUGAAAGAUGGGCAACUCUUAAAUCAUUUAGAAAUGGGGUUACACUGAAAACUUUUCAGGGAUGAGGUAUUCCCUUUAGAAAUAGUCUGUUUCCUUAAAUCUGUGUUAAGUGAUUCUGACUUACUUUAUUGAAUUGUAAUUCAGAAGUUUGGAAAACAAUGCUACUUGUAGUGUAUUAUCUGCUUAUUUACAAUUAUUUGAAUAACUAGUUUGAAGGCUAGUGAAAUUCUCGUCCACUUCUAACAGACCCAUUACAUAAAUAAAUGGACAUAGAAUAGUAGAUUAACUCUGAAUACUUUAUUUAGAUACUUGUACUGUUUCUGCUGAAAUCAGUGGAAUCUCAUUUAUAUCCUAGCACAUAAAUUAUAUCUUAAAAGUGGCUGGGGAGAAUUUUUUUUUUUUCAAAUGUGUUCUGGAGUUUGGAGUGUUUCUGCUUACAUGUGUGAGUUUUGCUUUAGAAAUACAGGCCUUGUGUGCCCUGGAAAACUGGUCAUUGGAGAACUAAUGACAGUACCAGAUACUGAAAGUUGAACAGUUAGAGGUCUUUAUGUUAACACAUAUAUAAGGCCACUAACAAACAUUCUGGAUAAAGGGUCUCUAUUAAAUUCUCUCUAGCCCUCCUGUUCAAUCAAAAUAUGAAAAUACAUAGUCUCUUAGGCAUAUUCUCCUCCCCCUUUAGUUCUUCCAGCAAAACCAUGUGAGACUAGAUUUGGCAUUUCUAAAGACCUGAAAGCUUAUUUUAAAAUUUCAUAAAGAAGCCAUCCCUAACCUACCCCGUAGCACAAGCUCUUCAUUAAGGCAUUACAAGUAAAAUUGAAAGGGAUCUAUUCUAACUUAGUUCAACUGCUGUUCAGGAGAGGGAAAAAGAAUAAAAAAACUGUUGGAGGCUCAUGAAGAGCCUGAUCCAGUUGUCAUCGGGCAAGUAGAACCUAGCCCUAAUCAGUGCUGCUCUUGCUAUCAUUGAAGUCAAUGGAAGUUUUCUUUUACUUCAGUGAGAUACGGUCAAACCUGUAUGUUUAAUAAGAAAAGUAACUAGACACCAUGUGUGGAUUCCCACUGAUAAUUUUCAAAGUGAAGCAUAAGGAUUUGGCCAGGUGACCCUAAUGUUAAUGGGGGUCCAGUGACUAAAACAUAACUCCAACAUGGAAUGUUAACCCCCUAACUGUGGUGAGACUUCCUUAGGUAUUCUGGGCUACUCCAGGAGAUGAUGCAAUGAAUUGAUUAUCUAUGGAUUGUCCAUAAAGUCCAGAAGUAGUUUCUUUACUCUUGGGAUGGUUUUGUAUUAGUGUUGCUUUCAGAGUUCCUUGGAUUUUGACUGUUAGCUAGAUGAUUGGGGUGAGAUCCUGAACCCACUGAAGACAAUGGCAAAAUUGCAUUGCCUCUUAAAAACAACUGUUGGAUUUUUAAUACAUCUUUUGUACUAAUUUAUACUCUCUUUGAAAAAGAAUACCUUAUGAUUUCCUGUGAAUAUAAUCCUGGAAGAUUUAUCAGUGUUACCAUUCUAUGAGAGGACAUGAUUAUGUAAGAACAUUACUAUUUAAUUACCAAGUAAUAUUAUUUUACUUGGUAAAUAUCACAAAUGUGUACAUAUUGUGUGCCUGCAUUGCUAAUACUCAAAAUUAGAAAGUCCAAAAGUAACUGCAUUGUAAACUAUACUUUGAUUUGUAUGACUGAAAAUAUUAUGUAUUUAUGCUGCCACUAAAUAAUCAUAAUGAAAUACAACUAAAGAGUAUGUAAAUUGUAUUUUCUUAUAAACUAAAAUUUCACUAUAUUAAAUUACAGGUAAUAUACACUUCUCAUCUUGCAUCAUGUUUGUCAGACUAUGUGGUUUAUAAUUUUGAAAUAUGCCAAAAAUUAGCAAGUUAAAUACAAAUUGUUUGAAUGCUGUCAUGUCAGUGAGGGUAUGUCUACACUACAGAGUUUGAUUGGAAAACGUCUGUUUUUCUGAAAAAUCUUCAAUUACGUCUACAAUGCAAUCGCGUUCUUCCGACAG